UGGCAGAUAGGCAGGCUAGGGAGGAGGUUCGGUCAGGAAACGAGGGGGGAGGAUGUUGAUGGAACCAAAGACGAUAUGGGAAUGUUGGGGGUUGGGGAAGGGUAAGGGGAAGGGGACUGCGAUGAUGCGCACAUGUUGGACAAAAACCUAUAUGACAAGGACGGGGAGGCCGGUCAUCUGCUUGGAUUGGAGCCAGUUUCUGUGUGGGAGGGGAGCAAUAUCUCGGCUUUGAGAGGGAGUGGGCAAGGAGGCGUUUGCGGCCUCCUUUUUCUUGUUUCCGUUCUGGCUUUUCUGGAAACGGGAAGGGCUACUAUUGGUGUUCUCUUUUUGGGCGGGGGUCUUUUUCUUCUUUUCUGUUGCCUUUGUUCAUGGCGGAGUUUGGCUUUCGGGAGGCGUUGGGGAUUAAUUUUCUUGUCGGUUAACUAACUCAACACGGGUGUCACCUGCGUGCUUUCUUAUUCUGUUUCUUCUUCUCAUGCGUGUGUGCAUAUCGAAGCAAUCAGCACACUGAGCUGAGCGAUCGGCCAAUUUAGAAUGGGACUUGGGAUUGGGUUAUCAAUAUUUCUUGGC